GGCGCUGAGGCAAGGAGCUGUCAUGUCGCAGAUGUUUAGAAAGAAGCUCUGGAGACAAAUUGUUUCCAAGGUCAUUCGGGAAAAGUUAAGAGAGGAGCUUGAAGCAAAACGUGACCAACUGGAUGGAAGACAUGACUACAUCCUCGGCAUUGUGGCCUUAUGCCUGGGACUGGAGGAAUCAGAAGUCCAAGAUGCCAUUCUGGAAGGAAAUCAGCUUGAUCAUAUGGAGCAAUUUUUUUUGGAAAACGGUCUCCAACACCUCAUGCUGUAUUAUCAGGAAACUGAACCUACAAAAGGAGCUGCAGCCGCUCUACCCACCCAGCUUGAUUCCCACCGGCACAGUCACACAAAGAAAGUGUUUGUAACUGAUGGAAAGGAUGUGGCAUUGACCGGCAUUUGCGUCUUCUUCACCAGAGCAAAAACUUUGAGAGCAAUAACCUCUGCGAACAUUCACAGUGAGGGGGGCUUCAAUAUGUUGGACGCCACAGAAGGAGGGCUUUUUAAAAGUGUGGAGAAGUUGCUCUCGGAAGUCUUCAUCCCCACACUAAGGGAAACAAACCACGGUUGGGGUGAAUUGGCCAGUCAGGGUGUAAAACAGGAGAUUAUAUCUUAACUUGAAAGAUUUGUCUCUGUUUUGAGGGGUGCACGGGAGAGCCUACAAGAAAUGGUUACUUUGAAGCAAUGUGACGCGCUUGACUUAGAGUUGUUGAAAUCCCCUGCAGAUUACAAGGCAGCAGCCAACAACAAAGAAACAACUGAAAAGAUAGAAACCUGCAUGCUUUUCUGUUCUACUAAACUGCUUAUGGACACAAUUUACAAGAGAUUGUCAACAUUUUUUUUCUGCUUAAAUGAUGCAGAAAGGACUGCAUUCGGAUCACUGCAGAUCAGAGCAUUUGAACAGAGCAGAGCGCUGCGCAGUUCCCACUCACCGCUCAGGAGGAUAUUCGCUCAUUCGCCACUCAAGGUUGCACCAGCCCUUGAUAUGAACAUGGGUGGAGCUCCUGCUGGUCCUGCAGGCACAGGUAAGACUGAGACCAUAAAGGACAUGGAUCGAUGUCUGGGCAAAUACGUUGUGGUUUUCAAUUGUUCUGACCAGAUGAAUUUCAGAGGCCUGGGAAGAAUAUUCAAAGGUCUGGCACAGUCUAGCUCCUGGGGAUAUUUUGAUGAAUUUAACCGCAUUGACCUUCCAGUCCUGUCGGUGGAAGCCCAGCAGAUUUCAAUAGUUCUUACAUGCAAAAAGGAUCGUAGCAAAAAGUUUACUUUCACCGAUGGAGACAGUAUCGACAUGGAUCCUGAAUUUGGCAUUUUCCUCACCAUGAACCCAGGUUAUGCAGGUCGCCAGGAGCUUCCAGAAAACCUGAAGAUCAACUUCCGAUCUGUAGCCAUGAUGGUCCCUGACCGUCAGAUCAUUAUUAGAGUGAAACUGGCCAGUUGUGGUUUUAAAGACAACAUCAAGUUAGCUGGCAAGUUCUUCACAUUAUACAAGCUGUGUGAGGAGCAGCUCUCCAAACAGGUUCAGUACGACUUUGGCCUACGCAACAUCCUGUCAGUUCUACGCACCCUGGGAGCGGCCAAGCGGGCUAACCCUGAUGAUACAGAGUCCACCAUCGUCAUGAGGGUUCUGAGAGACAUGAAUCUAUCAAAACUGAUUGAUGAAGAUGAGCAAUUAUUCCUGAGCCUGAUUGAAGACCUUUUCCCUAGCAUCAAACUUGAAAAAGUAGGCUACCCAGAACUAGAAGCUGCCAUUGACAAACAGGUUGAAGGUGCUGGACUGAUCAGCCAUCCUCACUGGAAGCUAAAGAUUGUUCAGCUGUUUGAGACUCAGAUGGUUCGACAUGGUAUAAUGGUCCUUGGGCCAAGUGGAGCAGGAAAAACCACAUGUAUACAUACACUGAUGAAAGCUUUGACUGAGUGUGGUGAACCUCACAAAGAGAUGCGGAUGAACCCCAAAGCUAUCACUGCGCCUCAGAUGUUUGGUAGAUUGGAUGUGGCGACAAAUGACUGGACUGAUGGCAUCUUUUCUACACUUUGGAGGAAAACCUUGAAAGCAAAAGGAGGAGAGCAUAUUUGGAUUGUCCUGGAUGGACCUGUUGAUGCCAUUUGGAUUGAAAACUUGAACUCAGUAUUGGACGACAACAAAACUCUGACAUUGGCAAAUGGAGACCGUAUACCAAUGGCACCCAACUGCAAGGUGGUUUUUGAGCCGCACAACAUUGACAAUGCCUCUCCGGCAACCGUGUCACGUAAUGGCAUGGUGUUCAUGAGUUCAUCUGUUCUAAGCUGGAGCCCAAUACUGGAGGCCUGGUUGAAGAAACGCUCUCCACAGGAGGCAGCGACACUCAGAGAAUUGUUCUCUUCUUCCUUCUCUUUUGUUGUCCGGAGAAUAUACUUGAAACUAAUUCUGAACCAAAUAUCUUCCAAGGCUGUUUUGCUGAUUGGAGAGCAAGGAACAGCCAAGACUGUCAUGAUCAAAGGCUACAUGUCUAAAUAUGACCCUGAAAGCCACAUUAGCAAAAGCCUCAACUUCUCCUCUGCAACUACACCUCUCAUGUUCCAGAGAACCGUGGAGAGCUUUGUGGAUAAGAGGAUGGGGACGACUUACGGCCCUCAUGCUGGGAAGAAAAUGUCAAUUUUUAUAGAUGAUAUUAACAUGCCUGUCAUCAACGAAUGGGGAGAUCAGGUGACUAAUGAGAUCGUCAGACAGCUGAUGGAGCAGAAUGGCUUCUUCAACCUAGAGAAGCCAGGAGAGUUCACCAGUAUUGUUGACAUUCAGUUCCUGGCUGCUAUGAUUCAUCCAGGAGGAGGGCGCAAUGACAUUCCUCAAAGGCUCAAAAGGCAGUUCUCUGUCUUUAACUGCACACUUCCCUCCAAUGCCUCCAUAGAUAAGAUAUUUGGUGUGAUUGGAGAGGGCUACUUCUGCAGUCAGCGUGGUUUCAGCUCUGAGGUUCAGAGCACCAUACACUUGGUCUCCCUAACCCGUCAUGUCUGGCAGAAGACAAAGCUCAAGAUGCUUCCGACCCCUGCAAAGUUUCACUACAUAUUCAACCUUAGAGACCUGUCUAGGGUAUGGCAAGGGAUGCUUACAACUACUGCUGAGGUAGUCAACUCUUAUCAGGUAUUGCUGGCACUGUGGAAGCAUGAGUGCAAACGUGUGAUAACUGAUAGAUUCACAAUGUCUGAUGAUGUGGAAUGGUAUUUUGUUGACUUCAUAAGAGAUGCCCCAGAAGCUACAGGUACCCAUGAAGCAGAAAAUGGAAGCCUUUUUUCUAUCAAGUACUAUGAGGCUAUUGAAUCAUUUGAGAAUUUAAAAGAGCGUCUAAACAUGUUCCUCUAUCUUUACAAUGAGAGCAUAAGAGGGGCCGGCAUGGACAUGGUCUUCUUUCAAGAUGCAAUGAUUCAUCUGACCAAGGUCUCAAGAAUAAUUCGGACACCAGGAGGUAAUGCCUUAUUUGUGGGUGUUGGAGGCUCUGGCAAACAGAGCCUGACCAGGUUGGCCUCAUUCGUAGCUGGAUACCAAACCUUCCAGAUAACUCUGACUCUCUCAUAUAACACCACUAACUUAAUGGAGGACCUGAAAAUGUUGUACAAAACAGCGGGUCUGCAGGGAAAAGGUGUCAGCUUCAUCUUCACUCACAAUGAAAUCAAGGAUGAAUCCUUCUUAGAGUACAUGAACAAUGUCUUGUCAUCUGGAGAGGUGUCCAAUUUGUUUCCCCGUGAUGAGAUAGAUGAGAUCCUCAGUGGUCUCAUACCUGUUAUGCGACAAGAGUUUCCAAAAAGACCACCAACAAACGAAAACCUGUAUGAGUACUUCAUGUCACGGGUCCGACACAAUCUCCAUGUAGUUCUGUGCUUUUCUCCUGUUGGGGAGAAGUUCCGAGCGUUGAAGUUUCCAGCACUGAUAUCCGGCUGCACCGUGGACUGGUUUAGUCACUGGCCAAAAAUGCACUUGUUGCAGGUGUCUCCACACUUCCUGUCUGCAUAUGAUAUUGAGUGCUCAGCCCAGAUCAAACAGGAGGUAGUCCAGUGCAUGGGCUCCGUCCAUGAUGGUGUUGCAGAAAAGUGUUCUGAUUACUUCCAAAGAUACCGGCGCUCCACCCAGGUAACCCCCAUGUCCUACCUCUCCUUCAUUCAAGGGCACAAGUCCAUCUAUAAAGAGAAGAGAUCUGAGGUGCAGACACUGGCCAACCUUGUUUGUGUGUGGGGUGGAUAAAAGCUAAAAGAGGCAUCAGAAUCAGUGGGAGCUCUUACCAAAGAGUUGGAAGAGAAAGAGAAAGAGCUACAGGUCGCCAAUGAAAAGGCUGAAAUGGUUCUCAAAGAGGUGACUGUAAAAACUCAAGCGGCAGAACAGGUAAAGGUCGAGGUACAGAAAAUAAAGGACACGGCUCAGGCCAUAGUGGACAGCAUUUCAGCUGACAAGGCCAUAGCCGAGGCGAAGCUGGAAGCCGCACGGCCAGCACUUGAAGAAGUUAGACGCUCAUUACAGACAAUCAAGCCAUCAGACAUUGCCACUGUGUGAACUCUAGCACGGCCUCCCCACCUCAUCAUGCGCAUUAUGGACUGUGUGCUGAUACUCUUCCAGCACCGGGUUAAUAGAGUGAAGAUUGAUCAGGAAAAAAAGUGCAUUACUCCCUCCUGGCAGGAGUCCCUAAAACUAAUGACAUCCGGAAAGUUCUUGAAAAGACUUCAGCAAUUUGAUGUAAAAACCAUUGAUGAAGAAAUGGUGGAGCUUCUGAUGCCCUAUUUUGUGGCCCCAGACUACAAUAUUGAUGCAGCCAAGAAAGAGUGUGGUGUCGCUGGUCUUCUCUCCUAGACCAGAGCUGUGGUUGACUUCUUCUUUGCAAACAAGGAAGUUUUACCCUUAAAGGCCAAUCUAGUCAAGCAGGAAAGCCGUUUGGACAAUGCCACUGCAGACCUUGCAAAAGCACAGGCUGAGCUGGAUGCCAAGCAGGCGGAGCUGGAUGUGGUGCGAGCAGAGUAUGAGAAGGCCAUGAUGGAGAAACAGACUUUGCUGGAGGAUGCUGAGCGCUGCAGACGCAAGAUGCAGACAGCGUCCAGUCUCAUCAGUGGCCUUGCUGGUGAGAAGGAGAGGUGGACAGAACAGAGCAAAGAGUUUGCAGCUCAAACCAAUCGCCUUGUGGGUGACGUCCUUCUGGCUACAGCUUUCCUCUCGUAUUCUGGAUCCUUUAACCAAGAGUUUCGUAAUAUCCUCCUGGACGACUGGCAGCAAGAAUUAAAGCAGCGUUCUAUUCAAUUUGCAUGAGGUCUAAAUCUUGCUGACAUUCUCAUUGAUGCUCCUACUGUUAGUGAAUGGAACCUUCGGCCUCACCUUUCUUUCUUUCAAGGCCUUACCAAUGAUGACCUGUCUAUUCAAAAUGGCAUAAUUGUGACCAAAGCUGCAAGAUUCUCUCUCCUUAUUGACCCACAGACACAGGGAAAAAUCUGGAUCAAAAACAAAGAAGCAAGAAAUGAGUUGCAGAUUGCGUCACUAAACCAUAAGUACUUUAGGAAACAUCUUGAGAAGAGUUUGUCUCUUGGUCGCCCCCUGCUGAUUGAAGAUAUUGGGGAGGAGCUGGAUCCUGCUUUGAACAACAUUCUUGAGAAGAACUUUAUCAAAACCGGCUCCACUUAUAAGGUGAAAGUAGGGGACAAGGAAGUGGAUGUGAUGAAGGGCUUUAAGCUUAAUAUGACCACCAAGCUCCCUAACCCAGCCUACACUCCUGAAAUAAGCGCUCGCACCUCCAUCAUUGGCUUCACUGUUACUAUGAAAGGACUUGACGACCAGCUGCUGGGUAAAGUGAUUCUCACUGAAAAGCAGCAAAUGGAGAAGGAAAGAACUUACCUGUUGGAAGAUGUGACCUGUAACAAGAGAAAAAUGAAGGAACUUGAAGACAACCUUUUGUACAGACUUGUAUUUUUUUAUGGUUCCCUAGUGGAUGAUGACAGCCUGAUUGAUGUCCUUAAGAACACAAAGCAAACAGCUGAGGAGGUCACUCAGAAGCUGCAGAUCGCUGCAGAAACCGAAGUUCAGAUAAAUGCUGCUCGGGAGGAAUACCGACCAGUGGCCACUAGGGGCAGCAUCCUGUAUUUCCUUAUCACUGAAAUGAGUAACAUAAAUGUCAUGUACCAGACCUCAUUGAGGCAGUUCCUGGGACUUUUUGACCUUUCUCUUGCAAGGUCCUCCAAAAGUCCAAUUACCAGCAUGCGGAUUGCUAGCAUCAUAGAGUACAUGACCUUUGAGGUGUACCACUAUGCAGCACGGGGUCUUUAUGAAGAACACAAGUUUCUUUUCACCUUGCUUUUGACUUUGAAGAUCGAAAUGCAAAGCAAUAAAAUCAAACAUGAGGAGUUUCAGACACUCAUUAAAGGCGGUGCAUCUCUGGAUCUGAAAGCCUGCCCUAAGAAACCAGCCAAGUGGAUUCUGGACAUGAGUUGGCUCAACCUUGUGCAGCUCAGCAAACUCAGCCAGUUCUCUGACAUACUGACUCAGAUAAGUAAUAAUGAGAAGCACUGGAAGCUUUGGUUUGAUAAAGAAGCCCCGGAGGAGGAGGAGCUUCCCAACUCCUAUGACCAGUCUCUGGACUGUUUUAGGCGGCUGCUCCUUAUUCGCUGCUGGUGUCCCGACAGAACCAUCGCACAGGCUCGUAAAUACAUAAAAAAUUCAAUGGGGGAGAGGUAUGCUGAAGGGGUGAUCCUUGACCUGGAGAAGAUGUGGGAGGAAUCCGACCCACGGACACCUCUUAUCUGCUUCCUUUCAAUGGGAUCAGAUCCUACUGACUCAAUCACUGCAUUUAGGAAGAAGCACAAGAUUGAGACCAGAUAUGUCUCUAUGGGACAAGGACAAGAGGUCCAUGCCCGUAAGCUCCUACAGCAGAGUAUGGCUAAUGGUGGAUGGGUCUUGCUCCAGAACUGCCAUCUGGGUCUAGACUUCAUGGAUGAACUGAUGGACACAGUGACAGAAACAGAAAAUGUCAAUAAGAGCUUUCGCCUUUGGAUCACCACAGAGGUCCACAACCACUUCCCCAAUGCACUUCUUCAAAUGUCGAUGAUGUUCACCAACGAACCACCCCAGGGCCUCAAAGCAGGGCUUAAGAGGACGUAUGGAGGCAUUAACCAGGACCUUUUGGAUGACACUAACACGAUCCAUUGGAAGCCAAUGGUGUAUGCUGUGGCAUUUCUUUACAGUACAGUUCAGGAGAGGAGAAAAUUUGGUCCUUUAGGAUGGAACAUUCCGUAUGAAUUCAACCAAGCUGACUUUAAUGCCACUGUCCAGUUUGUCCAGAAUCACCUGGAUGACAUGGACAUAGAUAAGGGUGUUUCAUGGAACACAGUUCAAUACGUGAUCGGUGAGAUUCAAUAUGGUGGACGUGUGACUGAUGACUACGACAAACAGCUCCUUAACACCAAUGCCAAGAUCUGGUUCAGGGAUGAAAUGUUUGAACCCACCUUUAAUUUCUACAAGGGCUACAAUAUCCCCAAAUGUUCCAGUGUGGAACAUUAUCUCAGUUACAUCCAGGGUCUUCCAGCCUAUGACACACCUGAUGUGUUUGGUGUCCACCCAAUUGCAGACAUAACCUUUUAGAGUAAACAGGCUAAAGAUGUGCUGGAUGCCAUUCUCAAUAUUCAGCCAAAACACAGCUCAUCAAGAGGAAGCGAGACCAGAGAGGCUGCGGUGUCCAGACUGGCUGACGACAUGCUGGAGAAACUUCCUGACUACGUACCAUUUGAAGUACAGGAGCGUCUUCAGAAGAUGGGUCCCUUUCAACCCAUUAACAUCUUCCUCCUCCAGGAGAUUUAUCAGAUGCAACAGGUCAUAGCUCUAGUCCGAAACACUCUAAUGGACCUCAGGCUGGCCUUCGAUGGGACGAUCAUCAUGAGCGAGAACCUGCGUGAUGCUCUGGACUGCAUGUUUGAUGCUCGCAUUCCUGCACGCUGGAAGGCAUCAUGGGCCUCCAGCACCCUGGGGUUCUGGUUCACAGAGCUGCUUGAGCGGAACCACCAGUUCCAGGGUUGGAUAUUUGAGGGCCGACCUAACUGCUUCUGGAUGACGGGCUUUUUCAACCCGCAGGGCUUCCUGACAGCAAUGAAACAGGAGAUUACUCGAGCCAACAAAGGCUGGGCCUUGGACCGCAUGGUGCUGCGUAACGAGGUAACCAGGUGGAUGAAGGAUGACAUCAACAACCCGCCUGGAGAGGGGGUGUAUGUGUAUGGUCUCUACCUGGAGGGGGCCGGCUGGGACCGCCGCAACUGCAGACUUGUAGACUCAAAGCCAAAGGUUCUCUUUGAGACGAUGCCGGUGAUCAGGAUGUACGCAGAGAAUAAUGGAGUGAGGGAUCAACAGAACUAUUCAGCUCCAAUUUACAAGAAGCCAGUAAGAACAGACUUGAACCAUAUUGCAGCUGUGGAUCUUAAAACCGUGUUUCCUCCAAAGAACUGGAUCCCCAGGGGUGUGGCUCUGCUCUGUGAUGUUAAAUAA